UUGGUGGCUGGCGCUGCUGCUGUUGCUGCUGCGUGCGGUGUGGAUGCGGGGGGCUCCCGGCGACCGCGGGCUUGGCGGCGACGAUUGAAGGGAAUGAAAAAGCCGUGGUGGGGCCGUUUUUACAGUAAUUGCUGUCACUGCUAAGACCUGAGACAAGGCGGUGUUGAUGUUAGCUGAAGAAUAUUUCUACAGCCCACAUAUAACUUGCUUGUUCGGUCAUAAGCCAUGCCUUUAGUCAAGCGGAACAUUGAACCAAGGCAUCUCUGCCGAGGAGCACUACCAGAAGGGAUUUCCAGUGAACUGGAAUGUGUGACCAAUAGCACUCUGGCAGCUAUUAUACGACAGUUAAGCAGUCUAAGCAAACAUGCAGAAGACAUAUUUGGUGAGUUGUUUAAUGAGGCCAACAACUUUUACAUCAGAGCAAAUUCUCUUCAAGACAGAAUUGAUCGUCUUGCUGUCAAAGUUACCCAGCUGGAUUCAACAGUGGAAGAGGUGUCGCUACAGGAUAUCAAUAUGAAGAAAGCAUUCAAAAGUUCUACAAUACAAGACCAGCAGGUGGUUUCCAAGAACAGCAUUCCCAAUCCAGUUUCUGACAUUUACAAUCAGAGUGAUAAGCCACCUCCUCUGAAUAUACUUACACCUUACAGAGAUGAUAAGAAAGAUGGAUUGAAAUUCUAUACUGAUCCUUCCUAUUUCUUUGAUCUUUGGAAAGAGAAAAUGCUACAGGAUACAGAAGACAAAAGAAAAGAAAAAAGAAGACAAAAGGAGCAAAAGCGUAUAGAUGGCACAACCCGUGAGGUGAAAAAGGUUAGAAAAGCCAGAAACAGGCGCCAGGAGUGGAAUAUGAUGGCAUAUGACAAAGAGCUUAGACCUGACAACAGGUUGUCUCAGAGUGUGUACCACGGAGCGUCUUCCGAGGGAUCCCUGUCCCCAGAUACUAGGUCCCAUGCAUCUGAUGUUACUGAUUAUUCUUAUCCUGCUACUCCCAACCAUUCCCUUCAGCAGCAGCCAGUGACUCCUUCUUAUGUAGCAGGGGAUGCCCAACAGUACGGGACUUCAAACCAAGCUCUCGAGCAUGAGUAUAACAGACCUCCUUCUGCCACGGUCAGGCAUAUGACCCUAAACAGACCUCAGCAGCCACCACCACCUCCACCACAGACUUCAGAUGGCUCACAGGCCUCUGCACCUUUGGUUCCAUCGGACUAUGGGCUGCUCCCAGCACAAAUCAUUGAAUAUUACAACCCAUCAGGACCACCACCUCCUCCACCACCUCCCAUGAUUCCUUCAGCACAAACUGCUUUUGUUAGCCCUCUCCAGAUUCCUACUCCGUCUUCUUAUCCCCCAUUAGCAACUAGUUCCACAUACACUGCUACUCCUCAUCCACCCUCUACUGGGCUUGUUGUCACAGCUCCUCCUCCUCCGGGGCCACCGCCUCCGCCACCUGGCCCUCCCGUCGCAGGACCUUCUCUUUCAUCUUCCCCCAUGCAUGGUCCCCCAGGGGCUGAAGCAAAGAGACAAGAACCAACUCAACCAGCAAUCAGUGAUGCUCGGAGUGAUCUUCUUGCUGCCAUUCGGAUGGGAAUUCAACUGAAAAAAGUUCAAGAACAACGGGAACAAGAAGCAAAACGAGAGCCUGUUGGAAAUGAUGUGGCAACAAUCCUCUCCAGACGUAUAGCGGUAGAGUACAGUGAUUCUGACGACGACUCUGAGUUUGAUGACAAUGACUGGUCAGACUGA